AUGGCUGCCGUUAUUGGCUGUUUAGUAAAUAUACCACGGAAAAAUAGAGAAUUUAGAGUAAUAAACUUAAAUGAAAGCCUAAAUGAUGAAGAAUUGAGAAGAAGGUUCAGGUUUGGAAGAAGAGGAAUAGAGUAUUUGGCCGAUUUGCUGAGAGAGGACCUAGCUAGGGAAACAGACAGAAGUUGUAGCCUGUCAGUCGAGGAACAAGUCUGUAUAGCGCUGAGGUACUACGCUUCAGUUUCAUUUAUGCAGGUUGUUGGGGACACACAUGGGAGACAUAAAAGUACUGUUUGUAGAGUUGUGGAUAAGGUUACCAAAGAGAUAGUGAAGCGUCAGAAGCAGUACAUUAAGUGGCCAGUUGAUGAAGCUACCAAGAGACGAGUGAAGUCUGAGUUUAGCAACAAAGCUGGAUUUCCAGGUGUUAUGGGAAAAUUCACAUUUAUCAAUGCUCAGUGGCCUGGAUCAGCUCACGAUAGCUUUAUAUUCAGAACAUCCACACUUGGAUGCCACAUGGAGAGAAACCACAGGGGUUUGGAAGAUGGGAUUAUUCUUGGAGACAGCGGGUAUGCGUGUUCAAGAUACUUGAUGACACCAUACAGAGUUGCAGACACCAACCAAAAGACAAACUUCAAUAGGGGGCUCUGCAGAACAAGGUUGAGAAAAACACCAGCCAAUGCAUCAGAAGUGAUUGUGGCGUGUGCUGUUCUCCACAAUAUAGCCAUCAUGCUGCAAGAACCUGAUGUGCCUGAUGAUGACAAUGACGAUGGGGCAGACGCACAAAUACCAUAUGCAGGCAGAUAG